AGAAACCACACACUGGGUCAGUGCUCACAGUUUAAAGCCAAGGCACACCGGGAGAAGAUCAACUUCAUUAAGGACAAGGGUAUAUGUUUUGGUUGCCUGAAGACAUGUGGCCAUAUUGGGGCCGGUGUGGAAGAUGAUUCUACCUUCUCUAUUGUUGCAGUAAAAGUCAGAAGCAAACUGACUAAUAAGAUCAUGCAGACAUAUGCCUUUCUGGAUCCUGGCAGUUCCGGCACAUUCUGUACAGAAACCAUGGCGAAAAGGUUAAAUUUGCGAGAUCUACUUAUUGGAACUGACGCCCCUAAGGUUUUGGAGCCGUGGGAAGUUAUAAAUAGCCAAGAUGAGGGCCCAUAUGCUGUCAGAACCAAGGUUGGCUGGGUCAUUAAUGGUCCUCUUCAUGGUGGAAGCUGUAGAGGUGGUGACACUGCACAGGCUCCGCAGGAAUACCGCAUGAAGGUACAUCUAUUUGGAGCUGCAUCAUCGCCAAGCUGUGCCAAUUAUGCCUUAAGGAGAACUGCAGAUGACAACGCAGAACACUUCCCUCCAGAAGUUGUGAGUACAGUGAAAAACAAUUUUUAUGUUGAUGAUUGCCUCCGUUCAAUGGCCUCAGAAGAGGAAGCUAGGAAAAUGAUCCAGGAUUUAACUGCACUCUGUCAGAAGGGAGGAUUCACUCUGUCAAAAUGGGUCAGCAAUAGUCGUGCAGUGUUGCGCUCUGUCAGUGAAGUCCACAGAGCAAAAGACAUGAUGGAGCUGGAUUUGGAUACAGAUCAACUUCCUGUUGAACGUACAUUAGUACAGUGGUACGUUGAGACUGAUCAAUUUGGAUUUAAGGCCUCAGUACAAGAGCAACCACGGACGAGAAGAGGAAUUCUUUCGGUGGUCAGCUCCCUUUAUGACCCAUUGGGCUUCCUUGCUCCAUUCAGCAUGAUGGCAAAGUUGUUACUGCAGGAACUCUGUAAAAGAAACCUAGGAUGGGACGAAGUUAUUCCCCAUGUUCUCACUAAGCAAUGGGCUGGCUGGUUGGAAGAUCUCCACAAGGUGGCAAGGUUCAAGAUUGAUCGUUGCAUUAAGCCUAAUGACUUUGGCAACCCUCUCACUAUACAGCUUCAUCACUUCUCUGAUGCCAGCGAGGUUGGGUAUGGAGCUGUCUCUUACUUAAGACUGGAAAGGGACAAUAAAGUGCAUGUUGCAUUUAUGAUGGGGAAGGCCAGAGUUGCUCCACUGAAGCAGACAACAAUUCCUCGCCUAGAGCGAACAGCUGCAGUCCUUGCUGUCAGAGUAGACCGCAUGCUACGGAAGGAGUUGCAACUUAGGCUGGAGAAGUCAGUUUUCUGGACGGACAGCACAACAGUCCUUAAAUAUAUAUCAAAUGAAAACCGGCGAUUCUAUACCUUUGUGGCCAACCGAAUUGCAGUCAUCAGGGAGGCAACUGAUAUUGAUCAGUGGAGAUAUGUGGGGACAAAGGAAAACCCAGCAGAUGAAGCGUCAAGAGGAAUGAGGGCAGAAGAUCUCCUGAAUGGAAGGAGAUGGAUAAUGGGACCUGAUUUCCUUUACAAGUCCAAGGAAGGGUGGCCUAAAUUAGAUGAAGACCUUCAGGUGAUUUCUGGCACUGACCCUGAGGUCAAUAAAUCCAUAUCCAAGGACAGUCCACUGUAUAGAUUGGACCCAGUGAUGGAUGGUGAGAUUCUCAGAGUGGGCGGUCGG